AUAAAAACAACUCCCUGUGUGUUCACCACGUAGUUAUUGAAGUAGCUUAGGGCAGUGUUUACUGAGGUCAUUUACUAACGGGAUUCAGCGACAGCAAAAGAGAGGACAGUUUUUCAAACUUCGAUAAUUUAUUUGCAGCGGAAUAAGUGACCUCUCCUGUUGGCAAGAAAGCUAAAAAAAAAAACUGUCAUUCCAAAGACAACAUGUAAACAGACCUCAUCCACACAGAAUGAACGUUGCUUAGCCGACUUUUAGGUAUUCUAUGAACUUUGUCUCACCACUUGAGCACAACUUUACACGAUUGAGGUCGGUCACCGGUAUGUUUCCUUUAGACUCUCCGUGGAACAUCUCGUUUGCAGGUUGUGGCUUCCUCGGCAUCUAUCAUGUCGGAGUCGCCAGCUGUCUGGUGGAGCAGGCUCCCUUUCUGGUGCUAAACGCCCGACAUAUCUAUGGGGCUUCAGCCGGAGCUAUCACUGCCACUGCCCUGGUCUCUGGAGUCUGUCUCGGAGAGGCUGGUGCGAGCAUCAUCGAUGUUGCCAAAGAGGCGAGAAAGCGUUUCCUGGGACCCAUGCAUCCUUCCUUUAACCUGGUGAAGAUUGUGCGUCACAUAAUGCGACGCACUCUGCCAGCUGAUUGUCACCAUCAGGCUAGUGGACGGUUAGGAAUCUCUCUGACCCGAGUGACAGAUGGAGAGAAUGUCCUGGUGUCUCAUUUCAAUAACAAGGAGGAGCUGGUGCAGGCCUGUGUCUGCAGUGCCUACAUCCCUGUAUACUGUGGCCUCAUUCCUCCCACACUGCAUGGAGUGCGAUACGUGGAUGGAGGAAUCUCAGACAACCUGCCUCAGUAUGAGCUGAAAAACACAAUCACUGUGUCCCCGUUUUCUGGAGAGAGCGACAUCUGUCCCCGAGACAGCUCGACCAACAUACACGAGCUGCGCUUCACCAACACAAGCAUCCAGUUCACCCUCACCAACCUCUACAGGGUCUCCAGAGCACUUUUCCCUCCAGACCCAAUGGUUAUGAAGGCCAUGUGUAAGCAGGGAUAUAAAGAUGCUCUGCACUUCUUGAAGAAGAAUGGAUUGCUUCAUUUUAAUGGACCUCAUAGAGACAGACCUCUGCUGGGGAAUGGCAAAGUAAUUGGGGAUUAUAAUGAUGACAAUAAAAGUGAUGAAGAGGAGGAAAAGCCACGUGUGGAAGAGGCAGCAGUGAUGGUCGAUUCCAGUUCUUCAUUAGAGGAGCAUAUCAUGGAGCACCUUCCACCAACCCUGCAUAAAGCUCUAGUGGAAGCCUGCAUGGAGAGGAGGAGUCUUGUGCAGUCGCUUAGCAACAUGCUUCCUGUCAGGAUGGCCUCAGUCAUGAUGCUGCCCUACACCCUCCCUCUGGAGUCCGCCAUGUCCUUGACUCUCAGACUCCUGGAGUGGCUGCCAGAUGUGCAAGAAGACGUGGGAUGGAUGCGAGAGCAGGUACUGAAGAUACUUAAGCAUGUUCUUCGCCAGGCCUCUAAAAGCAUUUCCCAGCAUGUGUCUGCCAGGUUUUCCUGGCAGCUGGAGCUGCACCACCACCACCAGUCCCUCCAGUCCCAGAUGAGCUCCAGCAGCCUGUUCCCCAGCUCUUCAGUCCUUGAUGUCUUCAUGCGUCUCCAUCAGUACAAGAACCAGCUGCUGUCUGGAGUUCUGUGUAUCAACAUGGACCUGCAAGGCUCCUUCCAAACUGGACAGAUGUCAGCAGAGACAGCCCCUCCAUCCAUCCUCUCCCAAGAAGGCCUCACGCUCCACAGAAGUUAUGUCAACGUUCCACCUGCUGCCAACUCUGAGAAGUCAUCAGUGGGUCCUAAGAGCUUUGACAGGUCUCUUAUUUGACGGGUUCAGACAUACUUCUUCUAGAUCCAGGAACAUUUAUAGGGACUGAGCAGAUCUUUUUUUGUUGCUAACAUUACAUGUGGAUACCUUUAAGCUCAUCUAAUUAACCCUCUUUUAGUAGACAUCAGCUUAUCCCACUUUUUUUUUUGAAUAGCUUGUGACAUUCUCUAGCAGCAGUAUUAUCAAGCAAUCCCAUGGACAUACUAUGUCUUCUUUUUAACUGUACAGUAAAAACUGGAAUUACAGGAUGUUAGAAAGAAAAAUGCACACUUAAAGUAGCAUGGUGAAAAUAGUAUUUAUGUUUCAGGUGGAAUGCAAUCAGACUGGUAGUUAGGCAGAGAGUUUCUGCUUCAUCAGACUCUGAGCUCUGAUAAACUCCUGACACACAGACAGAGACAUAUAGAUGGAGGGAAGACAGGAAGCAUGAAUGUAUUUGUUACAGCUUUAAUUGUUGUGAAAGAGUCAAUGCAGUAUUAUGAAAAAAAAAGUGUUUUUAUGUUUUUAUGAAUGUCAGUGUCUUAUGUCUUCAUAAGUAGUUUGUGAAAAAAACAAAAAACACAAAAUUCUAACAUUUUCAUUUAUAAUCCUGGAUGUUUAUACUCUUUUAGAUUAUUUAACUUUGAAUCUACAUUGUAUUAAAUGUAAAAAAAUUCUUUAAAAAACAAACUGAUUUUUUGAUUAUGUUGUGUCUCAAUUUAUUAAACAUUUUAGUGCUUGAAAAUGAAUCAAUAAUAUGUUUAUUUUGAUGAAUUUCUGAAUUGUUUACUUCUACGAUUUUGCACUUUGUACACCAAAAAAAUCUACCUGUGUGACUUUGCCUCAGCCUGUGCCUUUAAUUCUAACAUAUUGUCAAAAUGAUGCAGGGAAUUAUAUUUAUGUGAUUAUUCAUUAAAGUGGUACUGUUUACCUACA